CGGUGGUAAUCAAGAGCAUUUUCCCCGCCCACUUUUGAUCGCCGCUUCUUUUCCCAGCGUGCCCUGGUCUAGCGCCGAAGUGGAAGUGGCGGGCGAGCGCGUGGUUUGGUGGAGCUUCAGCUGGGGCGGCGAUGGGUCGAGUCAAGCACCAGGAAUCGGGGGAAGCGCCGGAGGCUGAAGCGACCCCGGAGCGGUCGUAUCACGAGCUGGUGGAGAACGUUAACGCGAUCGCGCGGCCGCUGGCCUCGCGCAAGCUCACGCGCAAACUGUACAAGUGUAUCAAGAAAGCAUCAAAGGUUAAACAGAUCCGGCGUGGCGUGAAAGAGGUCCAGAAAUUCAUCAACAAAGGCGAGAAGGGGAUCACAGUUCUUGCAGGUGACACAUUACCUAUUGAUGUUUAUUGCCAUAUCCCCAUCAUGUGUGAAGAUAGGAGCCUUCCAUAUGUCUAUAUUCCCUCCAAAACGGACCUGGGAGCAGCUGCAGGUUCAAAACGCCCAACUUGCGUUAUCAUGAUCAAGGCCCACGAGGACUAUCAGGAAGCCUAUGAUGAGUGUUUAGAAGAGGUUGAGGCUCUUCCCCUUCCUUUGUGAAGAUCACCGAGAGAUGCUGUUCUGGCUUAAUUAGGCCAGAUUCUGUGCAGUUGAACAUUCAGAUGAGAGCUGGUGCUAUUUGGUGGGUUUAGGUGAAGAAUACUGUAGCAAGUACUACCAGUAAUCUAUGCCUUAGGCCCAUUUCAAGGAACCAUUACAAACUAAGCAACUGUUCCAGAAAAUGCCUAUUUGCAGUGAAUUUAACCAGCCUGUGUUAAGUAGCUGCUAAGGAGCAUCUCAUGGAGCCUGGGGGGAGGGGGGUAGAAGGAGAGAAAGGACAGAUGAACAUGGACAUUAUUAAAAUAUUUGUAAUAAAUUUCUUUAAGUUUCAAUUAAUUAUACUAUACUCUUACAUGGUAUUUGCCUGCUUGAAGUGUCUUGGCUAAUAGAUACCUCCAUAGCAAUCAUAUGCUGUUAGGAAGCUUUGAAAAUUAUCUUUGUGUAAGGUAUCUGUUAAACAAUUUUUUUCUGGUUUUAAAUACAGUAACACCAAAAACCAGUCCACUAAGUCAUCUGAAGAGAAUUUUAUUUCAGUAUAUUUCCAUGCCAUCCAUCCCUGGUCAUAGCUGUUGCUAAGGGGAAAAAAAUCACAUGCAGUGUGAAAGGCCCUCGUUGAUGUCAAAGAGCUAUGGUGGCAUUAGUAAUGUCAUCUUUUAAGGGCCUCUUGCCCGAGGCCAAUGCAGGUAUUUACUCCAAAAAUGGCACCCCUAAGUUCCUACUUAAUUUUGUUAAAAUGCCAGUUGUAGGCACUUGCUUGUUUCUGUAGCUUUCCAAUUCCCACUGUACCUCUUCACAGUUGUUUUUAAAUAGCUGUUAUUCUUUUCAAUAAAGGGAGCAGGCUGUGCUCUUGAAAUUUAGUGCAUGAGGACAGCAAAUGCAGGCAUUUAUCAAAUUUGCCAGUGGUUUUGGUGUUUACUGUCAUCUAUUUCCAAAGAUGUAUUACUGAUGAUCCUUGUUUAGAAUCUGUAUCCCAUACCUCUGUAUUACAGACCCCUUCUAUCACUGUAUCAAGAGUUAUGAGUAAUCAAAAGAGGGGAAAUCUGCCUUCUAUUUUUAAUAUAAUAAGCAACAUGCCUACUUUAAGGUGUCUUCUAUAUCAACCAUUGUACCAACUUUCUCAUCCUGUAGGAGUAAUUAUAACUUUCAUUUACUGACACAGUUUGGUUGUGUCUUGCUACCCCUAGUCAAAAUAAUAUAGCAGUAGGAUGCUAAUAUAUCAUCUUUAUAUAAGGUUUUUCCAUGCAGUGUUUUUAUCACUGUGCUAGCUCUCCAAAUGGGAGGCAUUCUUCUCUCAGGAAGCAUUACAUCUUAUUUAUUCCUACCUUGUUUUCUGAAGAGUCAUACUGGAUGUAGAGGCUGACCCAAACACCACUUUUAGUAAUGCCUACAGAUCUGCUGUUGUCCCCAUUUCUUUUCCUACCUACUUUAAAGUUUUCUUCAAAAUAGCAGCAGGCAGAGUUCCACCAUGAAUUUUCUGACUGAAGUUAGAUAUAAUCCAUCUUUCAGAAAUUUCUUCCCAAAGCAGUAGAAGGUCUAAGCUAGGAAGGUCUAACUCCUUCACCUCUCCCGUCAAACUGAUUGAAACGGAAAAAGACUUCAAAAUAAAUCUUAAUUAAAAAUGG